GAAUGCCGUCGAUAUGUCGAUCGAACUGACAGUGAAAGUGAUCAGUGGAAGCGCCUCUCCAUUUGGUAACGUGAACUGCACGUUCACUAUUCCCGAAGAGCUGGGCUCCGGAAUCAGCAGUUACCAGGCAUUCUAUAUCAAUAAACACCAGGGUCGCAAAUUGACGUGGGUGUACGCCAAGUCCAGGGGCGACAUCCAGUACCGGUGCCCGAACGGCAAAAAUUUCGUGUUUACGGCGAGUGUCUUCCAAAUGGCAAUUAUGCUUCUGUUCAACCGAUACGACGAGAUGUCCAUCGAAGACAUACAGAAGAACACUGACAUUAAAGUAGAACUUUUGGUCCAAAUCUUGAAAAUCUUUUUGAAAGUCAAACUACUUCUCUGCGUCGCCUCUACUAAAGAUGAGAGCGAACUGAAGGCCACAGAUGUUAUGAAAUUGAACACCAAUUACAAGAACAAGAAACUGAGAAUCAAUAUUAAUGUUCCCAUUAAAACAGUCGACAAGGAGGACGACGAGCGGACGCACCGCCAGAUCGACGAGUCGCGCAAAUUUGUCAUUGAGGCAGCGAUUGUUCGUAUAAUGAAAAUGCGAAAAUCACUCAAACAUCAGGAACUGGUGGGCGAAGUACUCAACCAUAUCGGCGCCAAAUUUUCGCCAACCGUUCCUAUGAUUAAGAAAGGGAUAGAAGAGCUGAUACAACGAGAGUAUCUGGAGAGAGACGCCACCACAAGAGAUGUGCUAAACUACUUGGCCUAAUGUUAUGUCGUUUAGUGUUAACUAUUUUUGAAACAAAUUGCA